GGGAGUAGUGGCAUUAUGGAGCUAUAGGAAAAACGGCUCAGUCCCUCUCUCUUUCUCUCAUGACUCGUGAGCGCGGUUUUCUUCCAGUUAGGUCUCAACAUCGGAACGUAGCUCCUCGGCCUCUGAAAGCCUUUGGGAAAGUUUAGUUUCUAGUGGCUUGAAUAGCUUUACUGUCGAAAGGAUCCAACAAGGAAGUUAUCUUUAAGAGGAUAGAUCAUAUAAGAGGAUUCAAAAGCAAAAGAUAUGGGAAAGAAGGCUAAGAAAGGAAAUGGUGGUUUUGAUGGGGAUGGUUAUAACAAAAACGUACCGAGGCAGGUGACUAAUGGGACUGGGAAAUUUAAAAUAUCUUUCAAGCAUCAAAGCAAUUUGGAUUCACAAACUUCGCUCAUCAGGAAACAGGUUGAGCCAGAAACAGCUAAAUACUUCUCGGAGAUUGCGAAUCUUUUCGAAAGCCGAGGGGUGGAUGUGGAGGAGCGAUCAGUAAUAUGUGGUAAUGCUCUUGAAGAAGCUAGGGGGAAGGAAUUAGAACUAGCCACAGAUUAUAUCAUAAGCCAUACUCUUCAGACUCUACUUGAGGGCUGUGAUGUGGACCAUCUUUGCAGUUUCCUUAAAGGCUGUGCAAAUGUCUUUCCUGCUAUUGCAAUGGACAGAUCUGGUUCUCAUGUAGCUGAGACAGCUCUUAAGUCAUUAGCCAGGCAUGUUCAAGACACAGAGGAUUACACCAUAAUUGAAGAGACUCUGAAAAUGAUAUGCAAGGUGAUUGUAGUCAAUCCUGUUGAUUUAAUGUGUAAUUGCUAUGGAUCUCAUGUUCUUCGAAGCUUUCUUUGUCUUUGUAAAGGAGUCCCUGUGGACUCUGCGGAGUUUCAUGGAGCAAAGGCAUCAAAAAUUCUAGCAGAGCGGUUGAAUUUGAAAGUAUUUCAGUCAGAUGAGAAUAAUUCCCAGCAUCUUCAGCAAGGAUUUCCAAAUUUAUUGAAAUCCCUUGUAUCAGGGAUGGUAAAGUGUACAAGAGAAGACAUUAAGACCCUACAAGUUGAUCAGUAUAGCAGUUUGGUUCUGCAGACAGCUCUGAAGCUAUUAGCAGGGAAUGAUCAAGAAUUACUGCAAAUAAUUCCGGUUCUUCUUGGCUGCAAAAUGCAAAAUUUAGUUGAAGGAAAGUGCAUUGACUUGGGCAUUGUUCGUGAAACUGUAGAUUUGAUGAAUGAAACUGCAUUUAGCCAUUUAAUGGAAGUAAUUCUGGAGGUCGCACCUGAAAGCUUGUAUAAUGAGAUGUUCACAAAGCUUUUCAAGAAUUCAUUGUUUGAGCUUUCAUCACAUCAUUGUGGAAACUUUGUUGUUCAAGCAUUAAUUUCUCAUGCAAGAACAAAGGAUCAAAUGGAGUUGAUGUGGGAAGAGCUUGGGUUGAAAUUUGAGGAUCUUCUUGGAAUGGGGAAGUCAGGAGUUAUUGCUUCUCUUAUUGCUGCAUGUCAAAGGCUUCAAACUCAUGAAUAUAAGUGUUGUCAGGCACUGGCUGCUGCAGUUGGUUCAAAAAACGAGUCUUCAAAGUGUAUUGUUCCUAGAAUACUGUUUCUCGACAGUUACUUCAGCUGUGAAGACAAGUUGACUUGGAACUGGGCAGGUGGUGUUAAGAUACAGACCAUGGGUUCUCUGAUUCUGCAGGCUAUUUUUAAAUUCCAAAGUGAAUGGAUACAGCCUUUUAUUAUGAGUAUUACAUCCAUGGAUGCUGUGCAUGUCCUUGAGGCUUCUAAAGAUGCUGGAGGGGCACGUGUCAUUGAAGCAUUUCUUGCGUCUGAUGCUUCCACAAAGCAGAAGCGCAGAUUAGUUGUGAAGUUACGUGGACAUUUUGGGGAGCUUGCGAUGCACCCAUCUGGUUCAUUUACUGUUGAAAGGUGCUUCAAUGCUGGUAGCCUGUCACUAAGGGAAGCCAUAGCAUCUGAAUUGUUAGCUGUACAAGCUGAACUCUCCAAGACAAAACAAGGCCCUCAUCUCCUUAGGAAAUUAGAUAUUGAUAGAUAUGCUACCAAACCUGAUCAGUGGAGGUCAAAACAAGCAUCAAAACAAUCAGCUUACAACGAAUUCUAUUUUGCAUUUGGCUCUAGUGAAUCCAAAUCACCAACAAAGGACAAAUUCCUUUCUAAUGCUUCUUUGCAGACAUCAGACCCCGAAGAAUUGAAGAAUACAGGGAAAGAGAUAGACAGUGAUGUCACUUCCACUUCCAUGCUUGACGAUACCUCAGCAGAGAAAAAGAAUAAAAGGAAGAAAAGAAACAAAGAUGCAGGGUCUGAAGAUGCAGUUGGUUCUAAGAAGGUGAUGGAAAAUGCAGUCCACAAUUUUCUCUCUCAAGGCAGACCAGAUAAGAAACGACGCCUAAAUGAUAGGGCAUCAUCGAAUGCUUCAAAACAGAAACUGAAAUUUUGAAGUUGCAGAUACCCUGCAUUUCUCUGAUGCUUUUUAUGGUCGCCGGCUUAAGCUGCAUCGUGUUACAGCCUGCAACGGGAGAAAAGUUUCCUUGUUUUUGUGUUUACACCAUUUUUGUCCUCACUAAGUUGAGAUAAAUUUUGGGUGUGCCAAGCAUUUUAUUUACGCUAGAAAAUAUAAACCUUCCUGGAAAAGUCCAAAAUUCUCUUUGCAACCAAGUAUUAUACCAAAACUUUU